AUGCACAGCCACGUCACUCGCACGAAAUACACUCGAGACCACCUCAUUGACAAGCAAGAAAAUAUCAUGGCUCGUGGAUUGCCGUUGCUCCUGCUGCUGCUCCUGGUCACCGCCGCAUUGCGGACGUCGCAUGCCGAUGAAUACGGGUCGAGCCAAUUGAGCAGAGACUUUUACAGAGACUCGUGCCCGUACGUCACGUCGAUCGUUCGAAAUGUCGUUUUUGACGAGUUUAUCAAAGAUGAGACCCUCCCUGCGCCACUUCUUCGCCUCCACUUCCACGACUGCUUCGUUCAGGGUUGCGAUGGUUCUAUUCUGAUCAACUCGACGGCGGACAAUCAGGCGGAGAAAGACGCGCCGCCCAACCUCACGCUCCACGCCUUUGAUGUCAUCGACAAGAUCAAGGAGACCGUUGAGGAGGAGUGCCCCGGCGUCGUCAGCUGCGCCGACAUCGUCGCUCUCGCCGCCCGUGACGGCGUCGUUCUGGCUGGCGGCCCGUACAUCGAUACGCAACUCGGUCGCCGCGAUUCGCGCUCCUCCAGGGCGUCUCGUGCGGUGGCGGCGAUGCCCGGUCACCGCAUGAACGUGGACGAGCUUCUGAAAAACUUCGCCGCCGUGAACCUCACGCGCCUCGACCUCGUGACGCUCUCCGGCGCGCACACGAUCGGCGACGCGCACUGCGACACCGUGCAGCACCGGAUUGCGCCGAAUCACGACUCCACGAUGGCGAGCUCCUUGCGUGAGAAGCUUAACGACAAGUGCAGGGCUCCCGACGUGGAUGUCAGCCAGGAAAUCAACCUCGACUUCCGCACUAAGAACCGAUUCGACAACCAGUACUUCAAGAACCUCCAGGAUAAGUUCGGGCUGCUGUCGAGCGACCAGGUACUGGCGAUCGACGAGCGCACUCGCAACAUUGUGGACCGUUACGCGGCGGACCAGGAGGAUUUUUUUCGUGAGUUUCGCCACUCCAUGUUGCGCAUGGGGGCAAACAACGUGCUCACGGGUGAGGAGGGGGAGAUCCGCCGCAUCUGCAGCAAGGGGAUUGUGCGAGAUAUCGUCCGCGACGAAUUUAUGAAGAACAGACUCAUCCCCGCGCCGCUUCUGCGCCUCCACUUCCACGACUGCUUCGUUCAGGGUUGCGAUGGGUCAGUGCUGAUCGACUCGACGGCGGACAAUCAGGCGGAGAAAGACGCGCCGCCCAACCUCACGCUCCACGGAUUCGACAUCAUCGAUCGCAUUAAGGAGACCAUCGAGGCGCAAUGCCCAGGCGUCGUCAGCUGCGCUGAUAUCCUCACUCUCGCCUCGCGCGACGGCGUCGUUCUGGCUGGCGGGCCGUUCUGGCCUGUGGACCUGGGUCGCCGCGAUUCGCGCACCUCCUUGGCGUCUCUCGCGACGAGUUCCUUGCCCGGUCACAAGAUGAACGUUAACGAGCUUCUGCAAAACUUCGCCGUGGCGAAUCUCACGCUCGUCGACCUCGUCACGCUCGCCGGCGCGCACACGAUCGGCGACGCGAGCUGCGGCUCCGUCGCGCACCGAAUCGCGCCCAACAGCGACCCGACGAUGGCUCCGCAACUGCGCGACUACCUCAACGGCCAGUGCAAGGCUCCCAACGUCGACGAGAAGGUUUUCGUUGACCUCGAUAGCUCCAGCGGUUCUUCAUUCGACAACCACUACUUCCAGAACCUUCAGCGGAAGUUCGGGCUGCUGUCGAGCGAUCAGGCGCUGACAAUCGACCCGCGCACUCUGCAGCUGGUGAACCGUUACGCGUCGGACAGGCAGGCGUUCUUCCGUCAGUUCAGCCACUCCAUGAUCCGCAUGGGGGAAGCCGGCGUGCUCACCGGUACACAGGGGGAGAUUCGCCGCACCUGCAGCGCCGUCAACUGA